AUGGCCCCAGCGUCUCAGGAGCCCGAGCCCGCUUCCCCGACAACGAACAGGCCCGACGGCGAGUCGGUGGAUAACAUCGCCCAGGCUGCCAGCGCCCUCGAGGCGAACCUCACAAACCUCGAGAACAGACUAGACGCCCUCCUGGCCGCCUUCGAAGCCACCGAAGAGCCCCAGAAGGAAGGCGACAGUUCCGCAACCGCCAAGGAUGACAAGCCGAACAAGGGCGAUGCCCACAACGGAGACUCCUCUAACGGGCAGAAAGAGCAGAACGGCUCUGGGCAUGGCGCUGCUUCUGGGCCGUCGAAGGACCGUUAG